AAGAAAAAAAAAAAAAAAGGCAGCAGGACUUUAUUUACACCACUCUUUUGUUCGCGUACGAACCCGAUAAAUCAAGUCUAUAGUGUCAGAUGGCUCGAGGAUACCUUGAGUUACACGAUCCUAAAGAAGAGGUCAAAUCAGGAGGAGGUCGUCAUGUUUAUUCAGAUGAUUAUAGUGGUGGGGGUAUGGAACUGGACGACAUCUUUUUGACAAAUCCUCAAACAGGACUAAGACAGGAACAAGUUGCAGAGCGGCUUCGGACCUUUGGAUGUAAUAAGCUAACGGAGGUCAAGCAAAGUCAGCUCUUGAAAUUCCUAGGUUACUUUGUAGGCCCAAUUGCAUUCUUGAUCCAACUGGCAUGCAUCGUCUCAGUAAUUGUCAAGGACUGGUUCAACUUUGGCGUCAUUCUCGGCCUCUUAUUCCUAAACGCCAUCAUUGGUUACAUCGAAGAGGCCCGUGCAGAAUCUGCGGUCGAUGCAUUGCGACAGACAUUAGCCCUCAAGUCUCGGUGCUGGCGUGAGGGUCAGUUGCAGGAGAUUGACACGUCCGAUUUGGUUCCUGGUGACAUUAUCGUGUUACGUCUUGGUGACAUUAUUCCAGCAGAUGCUCGGUUGUUAGGUAUUGACGCCUCUGGUGCAGAGACAAAUGGAGAGUUAUUGAUAGACCAGUCUGCACUGACAGGAGAGUCGCUGCCGGUGACUAAGAGGAAAGGCGAUGAGGUCUAUUCAUCCGCAUUGAUUAAGCAAGGCCAACAGAGGGCUAUCGUCACCAAGACAGGUACCAAGACAUUUAUUGGCAUGGCUGCUCAUUUGAUUGCAACCACGCAGGACGAGGGACAUUUCCAGAAAACCAUCGGCAGGAUAGGCAACUUUCUCAUCCUCUUCACCCUUAUCCUAGUUCUAUUAAUCGUCAUCAUUCAAUUCAUCUCCUUCCGCGAUGACCCCAUACGAGGACAAGUCCUAAAGAUUCUGGGCCCUGUUCUUAUUCUUGCAGUAGCUGCUAUCCCAGUGGGUCUGCCAACAGUCAUGGCUGUCACCAUGGCCGUAGGAGCUCGAGGCCUGGCCACAAAACAAGCUAUCGUCAAGCGUCUGGCAGCGGUUGAGGAAAUGUCCUCGCUCUCGGUCCUCUGUUCUGACAAGACCGGAACCCUUACGGUAAACAAGCUUACGUUUGAUGAGCCAUAUCUCUGUGAUGGAUACUCUCCCGAAGAUCUCUUACUCUAUUCGUAUCUGGCAUCUGAGUUUGGUGCCAAUGAUCCAAUUGAGUUAGCGGUCCGACAAGCUGCAGAACAUCAAGUUUCUGUGUUAAGAAACCGACCUACGACAAACAAAGUCCCUGGAUAUGAAAUCACCGAUUUUAUCCCGUUCAACCCGAGCGUCAAGUACACACAGGCAACCAUUCGAGAAUUGGAUAGUGGGAUAACAUUUAAGGUGGUCAAGGGUGCGCCUCAGGUCAUUAUCAAGAUGGUUGGGGGUCAUGAUGCCGGGGUCAAGGCCUACGUUAUGAUGGCGAAGCGGGGACUUCGCGCUUUGGGUGUUGCCAGGACUGUUGCUGGGACAGAUCAAUGGACACUUGUUGGGUUAGUUGCUAUGUUGGACCCGCCUAGACCAGAUUCUGCUGAUACAAUCGAGCGUUGCCAGAGGAUGGGUAUUACAGUCAAGAUGGUGACAGGUGAUCAACAAAUCAUCGCCAAGGAGGUUGCUCGUCGAUUGGGACUUGGACGUGUGAUUCUGGGUGCUUCUCAUAUGGCGGACUCAACUAUUUCGGAAGAACAAGCCUCAGAACGAUUUUAUCGUGCGGAUGGGUUUGCAGAAGUCACUCCGGAACACAAGUUUAGGAUCGUGGAUGCUUUACAGAAACGAGGAUUGCUUGUGGGGAUGACGGGCGACGGUGUGAACGAUGCACCAGCGUUAAAGAAGGCCAAUGUUGGAAUUGCUGUCCACGGAUGUACAGAUGCGGCCCGCUCAGCUGCAGAUAUUGUUUUACUGGCACCAGGCCUAUCGACUAUCGUUGAAGGCAUCCUGGCUUCAAGAGCCAUUUUCCAAAGGAUGCGGUCGUAUUCGCUGUACAGAAUCACGUCUACAGUUCACUUUUUGAUCUUUUUCUUUGUUGUAAUCCUGAUGCAUGACUGGACGCUGCCUGCUCGUUUACUCAUCUUGAUUUGUAUCCUGAAUGAUGCAGCGACGUUAGUGAUUGCUGUGGACAAUGCUCAGAUUUCACCUUUGCCAGAUAAAUGGCGCGUUGGUCAAUUGAUUUUCCUCUCCUGUUUCUUGGGCUUGUUACUCACGGGCCUCUCGUUUGGACAUUUCUACUACUUUUGGCAAACACAUGAUUACAUACCAUACCCGGAGGCUAUUGGAGAAGGCGUCGAUCGUCGGUUAGAAUCUGUCAUGUAUCUCCAUAUUUCCUCUGCACCCCACUUUUUAAUCUUCUCGACACGCCUAACAGGCUACUUUUGGCAAAGUAUCCCAUCAUGGACGUUUAUAAUCGUGAUCAUUGGCACACAAGUGAUUGCAUUGUUCAUGGUUAUGUUUGGGUGGUUAACGCCAGCCAUUCCUGUAGGUCAGGCGCUAGCAGUCUUUGCGAUUUCGUUCGUGUCGUGUAUAGUUCUAGAUGCAAUCAAAGUCCAAGUGUUCAAGCACUGGCCUAGUGUCUCCAAAUCCUUGAACUGUGCACCUUUUGGAGGUAGACGAAGAAGGCUUUUGGAUCAAAGGCGAGCUGCUGCGCAGCAACGACGCGUUUGGAAGAAUAUUCACAAGGCCAAUGCUAUUGUACUCAAGACCAAAGUCUUGUUGGCUAUCCGGGAUGGUGGCAGCAAGGUUCCUCAGAGUAUGUACGACAUCAGCUGGGAUCGUCACGGUACAUAAACUGGGCACUAAGCUCUUUGAAUCAUGGCAAAACCCCC